GCAAGAGUAAGUAAGGGUGAGGAAGAUAUUUGUAAAUUGGAUGAAAUUUCCAUUUUCUUCCAUUGGAGAUAUUUUAGAACAACAGGUUUGGAAUUAGAUAAAGCUUGAGCUUGCAAUCAAUAAUCAAUGGCAGUCAGAAACAAAUCAGCAAAAAUUUCUCUUUAAUCAUCAAUGGGUUCAAUAUUCGAAGUACCGUUAUCCACUACGAAGACACAAAAUUCCCUCUUUUUUAACUGUUAAACCCCCUCUCAAAACCCCCGACAACAAUGCUCUAUAUCUUCACCCAUGGCGGUUUUUGCUCAAUCCUCUCAUCUUCUCACCUAUGUUGACCGUUCCAACCCACAACUCCCCAACAACCACAACGCAAAAACCUUAUCUUUCUCCAAAAAUCUGCAAACCCACAAGCGGACGGUGAGAAAAACUCAAGAAAUUUCAGUCGUUGGCGCCGCGGUCUCUAAUUCGACCAUCAACCAAACCCAGAACUUAGAAUUACGAGAACUAUGUCUUCAGGGGAACUUAGAACAAGCGAUGAAACGUCUGGAAUCGAUGCUAGAGCUCCGGAUUGAGGUGGAAGAAGAUGCUAACAUUGCUUUGUUGAGGCUGUGUGAAUGGAGAAGGGCGCCCGAUGAAGGGUCUCGAGUCUACGAACUUGUUUCGAGUUCCAAAUCUUGUUUGUGCGUUCGGCUUGGUAAUGCUUUGUUGAGCAUGUUCGUCAGGUUUGGCAAUUUAAUUGAUGCAUGGUAUGUAUUCGGUAAAAUGUCUGAGAGAGAUGUGUUUUCUUGGAAUGUAUUGGUGGGUGGGUAUACUAAAGCGGGGUGUUUUGAUGAGGCUUUGAAUUUGUAUCAUAGAAUGUUGUGGGCUGAAAUUAGACCUAAUGUAUAUACCUUUCCCUCUGUUUUGAGAACUUGUGGUGGUGUAUCUGAUAUAGCUAGAGGCAAGGAGAUUCAUGCGCAUGUCAUAAGAUUUGGAUUUGAGUCGGAUGUAGAUGUGGGCAAUGCUUUAAUCACUAUGUAUGUGAAAUGCGGUGACAUAAGUAAAGCAAGGAUACUGUUUGAUAAAAUGCCAAAGAGAGAUCGAAUUACGUGGAAUGCAAUGAUUUCGGGUUACUUUGAAAAUGGAGGGGGAUUGGAAGGAUUAAGAUUGUUUUUCAUGAUGCGUGAACUUUCAGUCGAUCCGGAUUUGAUAACUAUGACUAGUGUAGCAUCUGCCUGUGAGCUUCUUGAUAACGAGAGAUUAGGGAGAGGAAUCCAUGGUUAUGUAGUUAAAUUAGAGUUUGGAGGUGAUGUUUCAAUGAAUAAUUCUUUGAUUAAAAUGUAUUCAAGUGUUGGGCAUUUGGAGGAAGCAGAGAAAGUCUUUUCACGAAUGGAGUUAAAAGACGUUGUAUCGUGGACGGCAAUGAUAGCUAGCCUUGUCAGUCACAAGCUACCUCUUAAGGCUGUGGAAACUUAUAAAAUGAUGGAGUUAGAGGGCAUACUGCCGGAUGAGAUCACUUUAGUUAGUGUGUUAUCUGCUUGUGCUAGUUUGGGCCAUUUGGAUUUGGGUAUAAGGCUUCAUGAGAUUGCCAUUAAGACUGGCCUUAUAUCACAUGUCAUAGUCUCAAAUUCUCUUAUUGAUAUGUACUCAAAGUGUAAAUGCGUUGACAAGGCCUUGGAAGUAUUCCGCAAUAUCUCAGGAAAGAAUGUCGUAUCUUGGACUUCACUUAUCCUUGGGCUACGGAUUAACAAUAGAAGUUUUGAGGCCCUGUUAUUCUUCCGUCAGAUGAAGGAAUCAAUGAAACCAAAUUCUGUUACUCUGAUUUCGGUCCUAUCGGCAUGUGCUAGAAUAGGAGCUCUAAUGCGUGGAAAAGAGAUUCAUGCACAUGCACUACGUACUGGUGUUGGGUUUGAUGGCUUUUUACCAAAUGCUAUUCUAGACAUGUAUGUAAGAUGUGGGAGGAAGGUGCCUGCACUAAACCAAUUUAACUCUCAAAAGAAAGACGUCACGGCGUGGAAUAUACUGCUUACUGGUUAUGCCCAGCAGGGACAAGCCAAGCUUGCUGUUGAGCUAUUCAACAAGAUGCUCGAAUUAGAGAUAAAUCCAGAUGAGAUUACCUUUAUUUCUCUAUUAUGUGCUUGCAGCAAGUCAGGUAUGGUUACGGAAGGGUUGGAGUACUUCAAUAUAAUGAAAAACAAGUAUAAUCUGACUCCUAACCUGAAACAUUACGCGUGUGUGGUCGAUAUACUUGGCCGUGCUGGGCAAUUAGAUGAUGCUUAUGAUUUUAUACAGGACAUGCCAAUUAGGCCGGAUGCAGCCAUAUGGGGAGCCUUGUUAAAUGCUUGCAGAAUUCACAGAAAUGUCGAGCUUGGAGAAAUUGCAGCGACACGUAUAUUUGAAAAGGACGAUAAAAGUGUUGGGUAUUAUAUCCUUCUCUGCAAUCUCUAUGCUGAAUGCGGUAACUGGGACAAGGUUGCAAAGGUUAGAUCACUGAUGAGAGAGAGAGGACUAUCCGUAGAUCCUGGUUGCAGUUGGGUGGAAAUAAAGGGAAAAGUUCACGCUUUCCUCAGCGGUGAUAACUCUCAUGCUCGGUCAAAGGAAAUUAAUGGGGUUCUGGAUGGAUUUUAUAGCAAGAUGAAGGAAAGUGGUUUCGGCAAUUUGAAGAGCAGUUUCACGAGUGAGAUCGAAUCCUCCAAAGCUGACAUUUUUUGUGGGCAUAGUGAAAGGCAGGCCAUUGCGUUUGGGCUGAUCAAUACUGCCCCGGGGAUGCCUAUCUGGGUGACAAAAAACCUGUAUAUGUGCCAUAGCUGUCACAACAUGGUAAAGUUCAUCUCAACAAUAGUACGUAGAGAAAUAUCGGUCAGGGACGUCGAGGAGUAUCACCAUUUCAAGGAUGGAGUCUGCUCAUGUGGGGAUGAGGGAUAUUGGGGAAAACCUAGUAUAGGAUGAAACAUACUUAAUUUUUGGAAUUCUACAUAAACUUAAUCAUCUAUGGCAACAUUGAACAGCAUAUGGUUACUUCCUGGUUGCUCGGAUAAUGUACGAAAGGUCGAAAACGAGGUAAGACAAACGAUGAAAUUCCAGUGGAAUCAACAAAAAUAUAUGGGAACUUAACUACCAUGCCAAACUUGAGGAAGCCAGUUUGGUUGUCUCUAAUGGGUGAAAAGAUAAGUGCUGCCAUGGAACUUCGUUGAGGUAAGCUUUAUGAAGGAAAUGUGCAAAUGGAUUCCAUUCCAUGUAGCUUUGGUAAAUCAUAUACAAAAUUCUUCCAUUAGUGUAACACAUUGGUAUUAAUGUCAAUAGUUGAUAAAUUACAGAAUGAAAAUACUCAUAUCUGCCUUAGCUCUUCCCUUUUCUUAUGUGCGUUUUCAGAAUGAAAACUUAGUUUAGAUGUAAUGUAAUUAAAAUUUUAGGUUUAAAUACCAUUUUGAUCUCUAUAAUACAAUUUUAGUUCCAGUAGUCUCCUUUAGUUUUUGUUACUUUUUAUUGUUAUUGUUAUUUAAAAGCAUUUUUACUACAAUUAUUUAAAACAUGUUCCCAUAUUGCUUUCUUCUUACUUGAAAAUUAGUAUUUAUUAUUCAAUAAGUUCGGUAAAAACUAACUUAGAGAUUAAAUUUAAGAUAGAAUUUCAAUGAACGAUAUCUUAACGAUCAAAUAUUUCAAUUGGCCGAUGAGAUAGACUUGGAUUCCAUUUGGCAUCAUAGAUAUUUCUUUUUAGUUCCAUCUUAGAUAUUAUUGGAAAGAGGAAACUUCACAUCAAAGAACAAUAAAAUACAAUGGAAUCACAUUGAAUACUUGAAAAUGAAAUGCCUCAAAGUAAAAUAUCUGUUUGUGAAUUUGUGAUAUCUUUAUGGAACAUUUUGAAAACUAUAUUAAGUAUUUUACUUACUUACUUAUAUAUUUUCAAUAUUUCACAUUGUAACACCAUUAUUAGAAUUAAUUUAUAUGCUUUCAUACGUUAAAAAAAAGAAGAAGAUAUUUUCUUCCCUUUUUCCACCUUAAAGAGUACAACUCAUUGGUAGUUGAAACCUACAAUCAAAAUAGAAACAAAAAUCCAUUCUUUACUGAUCCCAACUUUGGACACUAAGCGUAUCGGCUUUUGCCACACGGAGGUAAGCCACCGGCCGAUUUCCAACUAUGGAGGAGCCCGCUUCCGAUCAUUCCGCCAUCAGAAACCGGUGGUUCCGCCGUCUGCCGGCGACCCUCAGGCUCAAAACUUCCGUCCUUGCAGAGAUAUCGGGUGCCGUCGGCGACCUCGGCACUUACAUCCCCAUCGUUCUCACUCUCACACUCGUCUCCCAUCUCGAUCUCGGAACAACUCUAAUCUUCACCGCUCUUUACAACAUUGUCACCGGCUUCCUCUUUGGCAUUCCGAUGCCAGUUCAGCCGAUGAAAUCCAUUGCCGCCGUCGCCGUUGCCGAAUCUACUCAUCUCACUCUCCCUCAAAUCGCCGCCGCAGGUCUCUCCACCGCUGCCGUUCUCCUGUUCCUCGGUGCCACCGGCCUUAUGUCCGUCCUUUACCGAUACCUUCCGCUGCCGGUCGUCCGCGGUAUUCAGCUCUCUCAGGGUCUCUCCUUCGCCUUCACCGCCAUUAAAUACAUCCGGUACAAUCAAGAUUUGGUCACCUCUAAAACCGGCGGACCUCGGUCCUGGCUUGGAUUUGACGGCCUAGUAAUUGCCCUAAUUUCUUGUCUAUUUCUAAUUUUGACCACUGGAGCCGGCGAUUCUUAUAAGGAAGAACCGUCGUCUUCCGAACCGCUUAGUGGUUCUGAAUCUCGUUCUGGCCGUCGAAUCAGAAGGUUACGAAUCUUAUCUAUGAUUCCUGCUGCCCUGAUUGUCUUCUUGUUUGGAUUUUUGAUCUGUUUUCUUCGUGAUCUUUCCGUUCUGAAGUACCUUAAAUUUGGCCCUUCGAAAUUGCACAUACUGAGAAUCACGUGGGAAGAUUGGAAAAUAGGGUUUGUACGAGCUGCAAUUCCCCAAAUUCCUCUUUCAAUUUUGAACUCAGUGAUUGCAGUUUGCAAAUUGUCCGCUGAUUUGUUUCCAGAUCGCGAAGUCUCCGCAAUGACUGUGUCUGUCAGUGUAGGGAUAAUGAACUUCGUCGGCUGCUGGUUUGGCGCAAUGCCGGUCUGCCAUGGCGCCGGUGGCCUCGCCGGGCAGUACCGAUUCGGCGGAAGAAGUGGCGCUUCGGUGGUGUUUUUAGGGAUUGGGAAAUUGGUUUUGGGAUUGGCGUUUGGGAAUUCGUUUGCACAGGUUUUGAGUCAGUUCCCAAUUGGAGUUCUUGGUGUUCUUCUUCUGUUUGCUGGGAUUGAAUUGGCUAUGGCUUCCAAGGACAUGAAUAGUAAAGAAGAAUCAUUUGUAAUGUUGGUUUGUGCUGCUGUUUCACUCACUGGGUCUAGUGCUGCUUUGGGUUUUGGUGUUGGGAUUGUGCUGUUUCUCCUGUUGAAACUGAGAGAAUUUGACUGUUCUUCUUCUUCUUCUUCGUCUUGUCUUGGGUUUCAAUGGAUGAAGCCCAAAUCUAAUGCUGAAGAAGAUGAAUCAACCCACUUGCUAGCUUGAAGAGGAAACAUAAGAAGAAUGGAGUGUUUUCUUCUUCCAUUUUGAUCCACUCUGGUAAUGCACUUAGGAUAAGACCCUUCUCUUCACUGCAGUCUUGAGUAUGUGUAUAUAUAUGUUUAUGUUGUGAUUUGUGCAUAUAAUCUUUUCACAAAUUUUUAUUGUAUGUGUUUGGGUCAUAAUGGGUUCCAUUUUUCCAUAGUGAAGGACAGGACUCUAGAAAUUUUCGAUUCAUGUAAUCUAAGGUUGUUUACUUAUCAUUAGAUUUUGAAACUGUGGCGACCAACCUUUACAAAGGAAGGUGUCUGAGCUUUUUCCCAAGCAAGCAAUAAAACUAUGGUGGAUUAACUUCA